UAGUCUAUAAACAGUUAAACACACCCGAGAAAAUUAGGGUUUGGUUCUGUUUAGCCAUAAGAAUUCGCAGUGCCAAGACUGAAAACGUCACUAUUCGUCAAUUUUUUCCGCCGCUUAACACAGCUCUCUCUGCCCUAAUCGCCACCGUCAACAAUGAUUAUCUCUGAGAAGAACCGACGCGAGAUCUCCAAGUACCUUUUCCAAGAGGGAGUGUUGCAUGCGAAGAAAGACUUUAAUCUUGCAAAGCAUCCAAAUAUUGAUGUGCCGAAUUUACAAGUGAUUAAGCUGAUGCAGAGCUUUAAGUCAAAGGAGUAUGUUCGUGAGACUUUUGCUUGGAUGCAUUACUAUUGGUUCCUUACUAAUGAUGGUAUCGAGUUCUUGAGGACUUACCUCAACUUGCCAUCUGAAAUUGUCCCUGCUACUUUGAAGAAACAAAGCAAGCCGCUUGGUAGACCUAUGGGUGGCCCACCAGGCGAUCGCCCACGUGGUCCAUCUCGUUUUGAUGGAGAGAGGAGAUUUGGUGGUGAUCGUGAAGGAUACCGUGGAGGACCCCGUGGUGGACCUCCAGGUGAAUAUGGUGACAAGGGUGGAGCUCCUGCCGAUUACAGACCUACCUACGGGGGUAGUGGUGGAAGGCCUGGCUUUGGCCGUGGUUCUGGUAGUUUUCCUGCAGCUUCUGCAAGCUCAGAACUUCCUUGAAGGAUUGGUGAUUUUGGCUUAUGCUAUUUCAGCUACAUGCUCAUGUCAUGAUGAUCUGCUGCAUUCGAAGAGUUACUAUUAGUGGCUGAUAGAUAUAGAGGAGUGGGCAAAUUUGCUUGUCUUUGGAUAUUGUUUAAAAUUUUGGGAUCUUUUUCAAUGAAUUAGCCUUUUGAAUACUGUUAUUUAUGUUAUAUGCUACCUCUUUUCAGUUA